AUGCAGAAAGUGAGUGAGGAACGAAUACAAUUAGAGAAUUUAUCAAUUAAUGAAACGAAUAAAGGACAGAUGGAAAGUUUCUCUCAAACAUCGCAUUUGGGCAGACAUAACAGAACUCAUACCGAUGAAAAGCGGUAUAGUUGCACGAUAUGCAAUCAAAAUUUCUCUCAAUCAUCUCAUUUGCGAAAUCAUGUGAGAAUUCAUACAGGUGAAAAGCCAUACAAUUGUACGAUAUGCGGCAAAAGUUUCUCUCAAUCAUCGAUUUUGGGCAGACAUAUUAGAACUCAUACCGGUGAAAAGCGGUAUAGUUGCACGAUAUGCAAUCAAAAUUUCUCUCAAUUAUCUCAUUUGCGAAAUCAUGUGAGAACUCAUACCGGUGAAAAGCCGUACAGUUGUACAAUAUGCGGGAAAAGUUUCUCCCAAUCAUCGGUUUUAGGUAGACAUAACAGAACUCAUACCGGUGAAAAGCCGUACAGUUGUAUGGUAUGCAAUAAAGGUUUCUCUGAUCUAUCCAAUAUGAGACAGCAUGAGAGGACUCAUACCAAUGAAAAGCCGUACAGUUGCCCGAUAUGCAGUCAAAGUUUUUCACGGCCAUCGCAUUUGAAGAGACAUAUGAACUUGUACCAGUAA